AAGGGUUUUUUCAUUGUCAUGGGUAACUGUAGGGUACAUCACACCAGAUUUGUUGUUGACGCAAUUGUGAAACAAGGAUACAAACCAUCAUUCAUGCCACCUUACUCUCCUUUUUUUUUAAAAAAAAUCCCAUCGAAGAGUGCUGGUCGAAGAUCAAAAGUGGUAUUAGAAAAAACCCUUUGA